CAUUCAGCACAGGCACGGCGAGUUGAUCAGCCACGGUGAACGCGGUGUUCGCCACGGCGACCACGUUGUCCGCCACGGCGAGGGCGGCGUCCACCACCGUGAGAUGAUCCGCGGCGGUGUCCGCCACAGCGAGUUGAUCAGCCACGGCGAGGGAGGGGGUUCAUUCAGCACAGGCACGGCGAGUCGAUCAGCAAGUUAGAGUAUGGGCACGCAGACGACUACGGUGACCGCGGUGUUAAUCCCCCACAGCGAGUUGAUCAGCCACGGCGAACGCAGUGUUCGCCACGGCGACCAAGUUGCCCGCCGGGGCGAGGGCCGUUUCCACCACCGCGAGAUGAUCCGCCGCGGCGACGGUGAGUCGAUCAGCACGUUGGAGCAUGGGCCCGCAGACGACUACGUUGGAGCAUGGGCCCGCAGACGACUACGUUGGAGCAUGGGCCCGCAGACGACUACGUUGGAGCAUGGGCCCGCAGACGAAUGCGAUAGAGGUUUUUUUAUUAAAGCUCUGAGCUCUGCAGACAUGAUCAUCACUCUACUUCAUCUGUUUGAAAGGAACAAUGAGGCUCCUCCUCCUCUUGACUCUCAUUCGCUUCAGCGUUGUCGUCAUCACAGCUAAGGCAGGACAGAAGAGCGUCACUCUGACAUGUCGAAUUCCAAACAACAACCUCAUAGCUGUUGAGUGGAGCAGAGCUGACCUGGGAGAAAAAUAUGUGCUUUUAUACCGGGACGGGCACUUUGAGCCACGCAACCAGCAUCCAUCUUUUAAGAACCGGGUGGAUCUGCAAGACAGACAGAUGAAGGAUGGAGACGUGUCUUUGAUUCUGAAGGAUGUGACGAUUGAUGACACUGGAACAUACGAGUGCCGUGUCUUCGUGGGAGAAACAAGCCCAUGGAAGUCCAUCAGCAUCAUCUACCUGAGUGUUGUUGUUCCUCCAGGUCAGACAGGAGGAGACACAGAGGAUGGAGGGAAGGAGGCUGGAGGGAAGAAGGAAGAAGGGAAGGAGGCUGGAGGGAAGGAGGAUGGAUCUGUUGGACUGAUUGUUGGCCUGUCAGUUUCUGCUGUGCUUCUUGUUGCUGCUGUUGUUGGUUUUUUGAUCUACAGAAAACAUAAACAACAACAGAGUCAGGAUUCACAUAAUCCUCCCACGGAACUCCAGCCUGAAAUUUCUGAGAGCUUUCUACAGCUGACUUCUGAAUCUCCCACUGACAAACAAAGAGACAGAAAUGACCUAAAAACAGACAGCUGUCACCAACACUCCACAAGGAUCCCCGAUGUCACUUUGACAGUUGAGGAUGAACUACUUCGUCAUCCUCGGCCUCAGCAAACAGCAGGACUGCUUCCAGAGAGGGACAUCAGUGUGUAGUAGAUAAUGUCUGACAGCAGUCUGAAGAGGAAAUGGAUUCUGUUCUGUUCUUCACUCAUUUCUUUCUUUUCCUGUUUUUGGCGGUGAUGGUUUUUUUUUAUGAUUCACAGCACUAAGAGAACAAACGACACACUGUUAAUACCAACCUCCUGAUGAAGGAUGUUUGAAAUGUCUCAGAGCUGUCUCAUGUUUCUCUAAUAAAACCACCAACAAUUAACCUUAAA